GGACUCGAGGUCAUAGUUACAGCUGACUUGUAAUUUUGAGGUUAUGUUCAAAUUCAUAUACAAAACAUAAUAUUUUUGUCUUCAAUAUCAUUCUCUACAGUGGAUUGUGAUAAAAUAUGACAGUUAAUCACUAUUUUUCAAGCAAUCAAUUUAUAAAGAAAGUGUAGUGCAAGGUUAGUCAAAUUAAUAUCAGAUUUUGGAAUAGUUUGUAAUUUAGUGAUAAAGACACACACCGCAAUGAAGAUUUUAAAACUUCUUGAAUCAAACAAAAAACUUUUGAAACCGCAAUUUUUCAAUUUAGAUGUUUUAAAAAGACAGUAUUGUUUCAACGAAGAUCAACGAACAACGGUUGAUGUAUUGAACCAACCCGGUCGCGGUCCUCUAAUGAUAAACACAUAUAGCUCUCACGGUUUUCGUCUGAACAACGGUUUAUUUGCGGUGGGACCUGUGAUUUUGUUUCCUUCAACAGUAAUUAGUUGGAAUGUAGCUAACGACGAGGAUAUCCACGAGGAGUCGUUGAGUAUUUUCUCAAAAAUCGAGCCUAAAUUCGAUAUAGUUUUGGUUGGACUAGCUGGUAAGGUUAGUGAGUCAGGCGAGCACAUGAAUCGUAUCCAGAAGAUUUUUCAUAGGUUGAAGAUUAAUUGUGAGGUUAUGAAUACGGAAAGGGCUUGUCCUACUUACAAUUUUUUGAACGUGGAAGGGAGGAAUAUGGCGGCUGCCCUGAUUCCUCCCUUAAAAGUUGAUAUAAGCGAGGAUGAUCUCCAUGCAGAAUUGAACCGAUUCAAGAAACAAAUGAAGGAUGAUUUCCUGAUAGGCACUGAUUUCAAGCCAGAAAAGCCAAGAGAUUAUGAGAAAGAAGAUAAGGAGCUUAGGGGAUUUAUCGAGAACAUAGGUAAAUCAAAAGAUGAUAAAGAAGGUAAAAAGUGAAGUCUAGGUAGACCUACUCAAUGUAAAUAGAAGUGUGAUAUUUAACUUGUUAAUUGUUUAAUAAAAAGUUCUAUAUCACUCUC